CUCGCCUCGCGGCUCGCUGCCGUGGGCCGACGUCGCGGUGCUUGUCCGUUGGGCCCGCUGCGGCGCUGCUGUCUGCCCCCCUGUGCUUGCUCCUCGCUGGUCGCCGGCGCUCGUCGCUACUACCACCACGCAUCCCCAUCCCACCCACUCCUACUGCACGAUGCGCCUCGCACCCCGCCUGCUGGGUGCCGCCGUGCUGCUCGGCUGCGCCGCGUCGGCGGCGGCCCACGUCGGCCACGGCGUGCCGCGCGCCGGGCGCUCGUCGGCCGCCGGUGUGCCGCUCGACCUCUACGAGCGCCACGCGGCCGGCAGCGCCGUGCGGCAUGCCAAGGUCGCCCGUCGACGCCGCUCGCCCGCAGCCACAGCGCCGACGAGCGAGGCGCAGGAGGCGGCCAUCACCGAUGAGACGGACGCCUGCACGCCGUACAGCAUUCCCGAGGUCUCGGCGCUCGAGGGCACCUUCCCGACGGUGUGGGAGAUCGCCGACAUCCUGCCGGGCGACGUUCAGGCGCAGGGCGUCUGGAGUGCCAUCCAGAAGUCGGGCAUCAUCCCCAAGAGCGUCAAGCCAAAGGGCACGCCCGACGGCGACUUCGACAGCUUCACGCCCACGUACGACCAGAGCAAUCCGGACUGCUGGUGGACGUACGAGCACUGCGACGUGCCCAAGCACCCCGGCAUUCCCGACGACAUCGUCGGCUGCCCCGAGCCGUCUACGUACGGCCUGACGUUCGACGACGGACCCAACUGCACGCAGCAGGUGCUCUACGACUACCUGCGCGACCAGAAGCAGAAGGCGACGAUGUUCUACAUUGGCAGCAAUGUCAUGGACUGGCCGCUGCAGGCGCAGCGCGGCCUCGUCGACGGCCACGACAUCUGCGUGCACACGUGGAGCCACCGCUACAUGACCUCGCUCAACGACACGCAAGUCUUUGCCGAGCUGUACUACACGGCCAAGGCCAUCAAGGACGUGAUGGGCAUCACCGUGCAGUGCUGGCGGCCUCCGUUCGGCGACGUCGACGACCGUGUGCGCGCCAUUGCGACGGGCCUCGGCCUCGCUACCAUCAUCUGGACGGACGACACGGACGACUGGCAGAUGAAGCCGGCGGGCAAGAAGUCGCAGAAGGCCAUCGAUCGGAACUACGCUGCGAUCAUCGCCGGCGAGAACAGCCAGAAGGGCAACAUUGUCCUGGCGCACGAGCUCAACAACGGCACAAUGCACGAGUUCAUCUCGCAGUACCCCAACAUCAAGGCCCGCUUCGACCACGUGGUGCCCGUCUUCAGCUGCAUGAACAACACCAAGCCAUAUCUCGAAGACAUUACCUACCCGAGCUUCGAGGAGUACAUCGCCGGCGGCGUGGCGUCGGGCCUGCCGGGGCCGGACAUCAAGGCCGUGUCGACGACGUACGCGCCCGUCCUGGCCCAGGCCACGUCGGCUGCCUCGCAGCAGAGCGCCGGUGCCGCCGGUGCGACGAAGCAGAACAGCACGGCGGCCGGCAAGCAGAGCGACCAAUCGGCGGCCGACGGCCAGAAGAAGAGCAGUGCCUCGCCCGCAUACUCGGCCUUCGGCGCGGCCAUGGCUGUGGCGGGCUGCGGCGCGGUCGCGCUGAUGGCCACGCUCUAAACGCUGCGUGGCUGCGUGACCGGACGUUGCCGCUUGAGCCCGUCGAGAGCCAGCAGGGCCGAAGAGAUGCAAGCGGCUCGUACCUGGCGCCAAUGCAGCGCGAGACGACGAGCUGCAGUAUGCGCCCCCGAUGUACCAAUAUCGUGGCCCUGUGCCGCCGCUGCUGGCCAGCGGCGUCGCUCGAUAUCGACAAUCAAGCGAGCCCCUGUCCACACCGACAUCGGCCCGUCUCCAACUCCCAGUCCAGCCGCGCGUGUCCUUCUUGUCGCGGUCUGAGGCUCACGCUUCCAUAUGUCAUCCUAAUAGCCUGUAUUGCUACGUACGGCAUAGAUAUCAUACGCUCCACGCCC